CGUCAUUCAGUAGCAGUGUUAGGAGAGUCACUUCACAAAGACAGUCUAUUUCAGACAGAAAUGUUUUUAAAGAUGAAGUGUAUGUUGAUGCCGGUGCUUCAGAGAAGGACAAUUGGCUUUCUUCGUUGCCUUGUCCUUUCUGUCACUAUUUUGCUUCACGUAACAAUUGCUUCGGGAAGAACCUUUAACUUCCUCCAUUCUGACCAUCUGAAUGGCCAUUUGUGUUCCAAAGGGAUCAGAGAGCAAGCUGUGGCUGUUAGUGAACUGGACUGUGCCAGAAAGUGUACUUCAGAUCCUCUGUGUGUCUCGUUUAUCUACAAUGCCGGCAACAGCUCAUGUCAUAUGUACAACAAAAGUCUAAACAUUGACGACGAUUGUGUAGAGCAUGCACAGCAGAACUACCUUUACUACAAGUUAGCUGCCACUACCACAGCAACAACUGCCACGAUUCCAACAACCACACCUACACCAACUACGACAUGUCCUGCCACGCCAAACAAUGUUGAGCACACAUACGUUGCGUGUUACAACGACAACCGGCGUCGUAUACUUCCAUACGGCCUGAAAACGGACCUGGUCUGCCUCACCAUUGAAGCCUGCAAGCUGAACUGCCAUGGCCUCGGGUAUACCUACUUCGGGGUUGAGGGAGGAAAGGAAUGCUUCUGUGGCAACGUCAUCAAAGAUGGGUACAAUAUAAGGCCCGAGACCGAAUGUAGUUCACUGUGUAGAGGUGACUCAAGCCCGAGGUGUGGGGGACACUGGAGGAUCUCCAUCUUCCAGACUGUCACAGCAGGUGCUUGAAUCAAUCACUAGUACUGUAACGUGCAGUUUGUAUGCACUAUACACUAAACUAAUAUGUGAGGCGUUUGAGGUCUGAAUAUUGCACUGUAACAUGGAAGUGGAUCCGUACAUCGUUAACCAACCUAGGAGGAAAGUCAUAUACUUCUUCUGAUACAGCAAAGGUCCUAUGGUUUGGUGGUAUUUUAUGCCACUGCAUCUUUAGAUUUUAGGUUACAAUUUGUAAUCACUUCAAUCGUCCUGUUUCACUGGUAUCACAGCUGCUGUAAGCAGUAGUGACACUUAUCAUUUCUAACUUUACAUCCAUGCACAGGUCCAAAUAACAUUGGCCAUCGUUGCAAUGAGGUGAAUAUAGCUACCUGAUUUUAUUACAAUAAUCACUUCUUUUGUACUUAGAACCUUUGAAUUGAUACUGCCAGAGAAAUACCUUUGUAGUGAUUUGAAUCAAUUUGU